GAACAGAUCACUCGUCGGCCCGAUUGGUCCCCUAUUUUGCGUGGCAAAAAGCCGCAAGACCCGCGGUUCCCUGAUGCGUUAUACUAACGGGCGCAAAAUUGGAAAGCCAUCCUCAUUUUAUUUUGAGAAGGCAGUCCAUACUCCCGACAGCACUGAGGCCUUCGUUCAGUUCUUCAACGAUGAACGCAGAAAUAAAAACUGUGUCUUUGAUUGUGGCUACAGUUGCGUAAUUGGGCAAAGGGAAUGGGGGUGGGAGGCCACUUCUGGGACCUCCUUAAACCCUACGCUCGAUCCGAAGGGUUCGACUUCCUUAGAGACAAACGGAUAGCUGUCGAUCUCUCCUUCUGGAUCGUUCAGCACGAAACCGCCGUCAAAGCCGCUGCCCGCCACCCCCAUCUCAGACUCACCUUCUUCCGCACCAUUAACCUCUUCUCUAAGUUUGGGGCAUUUCCCGUGUUUGUUGUGGACGGAACCCCGUCACCAUUGAAGUCUCAGGCAAGGAUUGCUCGGUUCUUGCGUGCUUCUGGUGUUGAUUUGUCGAGUUUGCCGCUGGCGGGGGAGGGCGUUUCUGUGGAAAGGAAUGGAGCGUUUAUGAAAUGUGUUCAAGAAUGUGUGGAGCUGCUUGAACUUCUUGGAAUGCCCGUACUGAAAGCAAAAGGUGAAGCUGAAGCCCUUUGCGCUCAAUUAAAUAGCGAAGGUCAUGUAGAUGCUUGCAUCACAGCAGACAGUGAUGCAUUCCUCUUUGGGGCUAAAUGUGUGAUAAAAAGCCUCCAUCCUAACUGCAGAGAACCAAUUGAAUGUUAUCACAUAUCAGAUAUUGAAGCUGGUCUUGGGCUGAAGAGGAAACAGUUGAUAGCUAUCUCUCUUAUGGUUGGAGUCGACCAUGAUUUAAAUGGUGUGCAGGGGAUUGGGCUUGAUACAGCUCUUCGUUUUGUCCGGAAUUUUGAUGAAGACGAGAUUUUGAAUAGAUUACAUGAAAUAGGGCAUGGGGAUAUGCUGCUCUUUCAGGAUGAUAUAAAUUCUGCAUCUGAUUUUAUUCCCAGUUCAGGUGUGAGCUCACCGAGGAUAAAAAAUCCCCACUGCUCCCUCUGUGGGCAUCCAGGCAGCAAGAAAUCCCAUUACAAGUUUGCUUGUGAGCAUUGCAAGACUAAUGCUACAGAAGGCUGCAUCAGAAAACCUGUAGGGUUCAGAUGUGCUUGCUUUUCCUGUGAUGCGGACAGGAAAGAAAAGGAACUGAAGAAGCAUGAAAAUUGGCGGAUCAAAGUUUGCAAAAAAAUUUCCAUGCAGCAUAAUUUCCCAAAUGAUGAGAUCAUUGACAUGUAUUUGAGCAGCCAUCAUGGUUAUUUUUGUGCAAAUGAUGGCCCUUGUCUAUCAUGGGAAAGCCCAAAAAUGGAAAUGUUGGUUGAUUUCUUAGCUUAUCAUCAGUUGUGGGAGCCAUCUUAUAUUCGCCAGAGAAUGCUCCCCAUGUUGUCUACCAUUUUCUUGAGAGAAAAGGCUUCAAAUCCAACCAAAUCUUUGUUAAUUGGACAGUAUGAGUUUGAUUCAAUUUUGCGUGUGAAGAUAAGAUUUGGACACCCGUUUUAUUUGGUCAAGUGGAAGAAAGCUGCUUCCACAAAAGGCAGCAUUUCCCAUACAACAUUUAUUCAAGAAUCUGAUGAUAUCCAUUGUGAAGAGGUUAUGGAAAUUAAUGAAUCUGUUGAUCUAUUGGAUGAACCUGACGGCCUCCAGGUUCAUGUUGAUGAUGGCUGCUGGUUUUUGCUGACUGAUGAAAAUACAGAGCUAGUUCGUGGUGCUUUCCCAGGAGAAGUAAAAAGAUUUUUGGAUGAAAAGGAACUGAAAGAACUGAAAAGAAGGAAGAAAUCGGUUCUGAGUUCUGACGAGGCUCAUGGAAGUUCAGGAUCACCAAAAUCUAGAGGGGUUCAGUUGAAUAUUACUGAAUUUUACCGUUCAACCAAAGCAAGUUUUCAGGAAAAGCAUGGAGAAAGUAUAGCUGAGAAUUCUGCCAAUCAGGGUACCUGGACCUCCAAAGAAAAGAGGAAAGCAUCAAGUCCGAACGUACCCAAGUCUGUUCGGCGUCGUCUUCUGUUUGACUAGGUGGUGUGCAUUAAGAUUUGCGUCUAGGCCUCAAACUGGCAGUUGCCAUCUCAUGGGAAAUUUUGUGGGUAGAAAUCAGCUUGACAUGAUAUAGGCUGGGUUUCUGCCUUCUUCGCGAAGCAAAAUACCUGCAUUUUGACAUGUUUCUGUAGUAUAAUUUUAUGCAGUGUGCCGCAUCCUUUUUCUAAGUUGUACAUAUUGUCAUUUUAUUACAGUGUUACAGCAAUAAAUAGUAAUGUUUAUGCA